AUGAAAGAAGGUCGCGGAGUCGAACAGGCAACAUUGAUGCUCCGAGAGCGUAUUGAGUAUCUUCUCCGCCAACAAAAACUCUUCCAUCCCACCAAACGGGUCCUCAUCGCGUUAGCCGGCGUCCCUGGCUCCGGCAAGUCCACUAUCUGCGUCGCGCUUCUGCAAGCCUUGCAUGAACAUGGCAUUGACGAUGUCUCAGACGGCUUCCACCAUACUCGAGCAACACUGUCAUCGUUUAGCGAUCCAUGCCUGGCAUUUCAGAAACGAGGCGCACCAUUUACAUUCGAUGCCACAGCCCUGCUCCAACAUGUCAUCGCUGUGAAGCAGAUGCCUGUAACCGAAUGCGACGAACCAGAGAUAGUCCACACAGCACCAAGCUUUGAUCAUGCCGUGGGUGAUCCUAUACCCGAUGCCAUCACAAUCUCCUCGAGAUGCAGAAUCGCCAUUCUCGAGGGGAACUAUGUGCUGCUCAGCGAGGACCCGUGGAGGAAAAUCGCCGAUAUGGCCGACGACAGAUGGUUCGUCAACGUGGUACCCGAAGUUGCAAAGGAGAGAAUCGUUCAACGACAUCUGGAAGCCGGUAUCGAAAAAACGCGGGAGGCUGCCAUUCUGCGAACCGAGAAUAACGACCUGCCCAAUGGCGAACACAUUCGAUCGAACUUGAUAGAGCCAAACAUUCGCAUUCUCAGUUGA